AUGGACAAAGGGGACAGAGCUCCCCUGAGCUACCCGCUGCCCGUCUCCCACCCUGGCCAUUGCUGGGAAAACCGCCUGCUCACAGGAAUGUGCCGGACAACCUGGCACUGGUCCGGCUUUGGGCAGGGGUGUGGCAGCUUCCCCGGAGCCCCUGAGCAAGACUUCAGCCUUGUUUGGGCUCUGGGGCUGGCGGCCUUGGUGCUGGCGGCCUUGGUGCUGGCGGCCCGCAAGCAGUUUGACGCUGAAUUUCGUCGCUUCGCCAUGAAGCGCUCUGGUGUGGGCAGCUUCCAGGACUUCUACCACCUGCUGCAGACGGUGCACCAGAUCCCACGGGUAGAUGUGCUCCUCGGCUACACAGAUGUCCACGGUGACCUCCUGCCCAUCAACAAUGAUGACAACUACCACAAAGCCCUCUCCUCCGCCAACCCCCUCCUCAGGGUCAUCAUCCAGAAGAAGGCAGAGUCUGACACCGGUGUCUUUGCCUCGAACUCCUUGCAGCGGAAGAAGAAGGGGCUGCUGCGCCCCACGCACUACCGGGCCAAGUCUCACCUCCUCAUCGGCAUGCCCCAGGACUUCCGCCAGAUCUCCUCCAUCAUUGACGUGGACAUCCUGCCCGAGACCCACCGCCGCGUGCGGCUCCACAAGCACGGCUCUGACAAGCCACUGGGCUUCUACAUCCGUGACGGUGUCAGUGUGCGCGUGGCCCCACAGGGCGUCGAGAAGGUGCCCGGCAUCUUCAUCUCCCGCCUGGUGAAGGGUGGCUUGGCCGAGAGCACGGGGCUGCUGGCAGUGAGCGAUGAGAUCCUGGAGGUCAAUGGCAUCGACGUGGCUGGCAAGUCCCUGGACCAGGUGACGGACAUGAUGGUGGCCAAUAGCCACAACCUCAUCAUCACAGUCAAGCCGGCCAACCAGCGCAACAACGUCAUCCGCAGCAGCAAGGCCUCAGGCAGCUCGGGCAUGUCCACAGACAGCACCCCCAGCCAGCAGACCCCCAGCCCGGCCUCGCAGUACCUGAGCAACUACAGCACGGCUGAGAGUGACGAGGAGGGUGACCUGGUCAUCGAGAGUGACAGCACACCCCACUACAUCCCCGGGGGCUGCCCUAAUGGGGGCCCUGCGGAUGGACUCCUCCAGCGGAGCCUGUCCCCGCACAGCUCGCGGGGCUCCCUGCAGGGACACCCCGGUGACAUCUGCCAGGAGCUGGGUGGCACCUGGGCUGGCUGCGGCACCCUGGCUGCCACUCCGCCCCAGUAA